AUGGCGGCAACGGCGGCGGCGGCGGCGGCGUCGAACUCCCAGCUCCAUUCCUCACCCCACAAUCCGACCCGUUCCCCUCUGCCCAGCCCCUCCUCCAAAUGCUCACAUUUCUCAUCUUCUCUUCUCCUCCAACUCCAAGUCAAGCCGUAUCGGACCAAUUCGAUUUCGUCUUUGACGAGCAAUUGCAGGUCUAGUCGCGUUUAUUGCGAAAUCAAGAGCUUUGAGAGCCACCAAAACUAUCACCAACAGAAUUUGACCGUCGGGUUUUUAUCCGGCUCCGGUCAAUUACACUCAAUCCAGAGCUCUUCACCUCCUUCCUCCGUUCCAAUGGCUGCCACUGCGUCCUCGGAUUCCGGGUCCAAAGGCGUCAAACGGAUCUGUCUUUUCUACUGUGACGAGACCAAGGCGCUGGCUGAGCGAAUUGCUGCUCGGUCGGACGCUAUCGAGCUUCGUUCCAUUAAUUGGAAGACAUUUGAUGAUGGGUUCCCAAACUUGUUCAUACCAAACGCUCAAGGGAUUCGGGGCCAGCAUGUUGCUUUCUUGGCAUCAUUUAGCUCGCCGAAGGUGAUAUUUGAGCAGCUAUCAAUCAUCUAUGCACUUCCCAAGCUUUUCAUCUCUUCCUUCACUCUCGUCCUGCCCUUUUUCCCAACUGGCACAUCCGAGCGUAUGGAGGAUGAAGGAGACGUUGCCACAGCUUUCACUCUUGCUAGGAUCUUGUCCAAUAUACCAACUUCAAGAGGAGGGCCUACUAGCUUGGUGACUUUCGAUAUCCAUGCCUUGCAGGAGAGGUUUUACUUCGGGGAUAACAUUCUGCCGUGCUUCGAAAGUGGGAUACCUUUGCUUAUGAAUAGGCUGCAACAGCUUCCAGAUUCUCAUAAUAUAGCAAUAGCUUUCCCUGAUGAUGGAGCGUGGAAAAGGUUUCAUAAACAACUGCAGCAUUUCCCCACGAUUGUGUGUGCUAAGGUUCGGGAAGGUGAACAGAGAAUCGUGCGUAUCAAGGAAGGAGACCCUCAAGGACGUCAUGUAGUGAUUGUUGAUGAUCUCGUUCAGUCAGGUGGUACCUUGAUUGAAUGUCAGAAAGUGCUGGCCAAACAUGGAGCAUCAAGAGUAAGCGCUUAUGUUACGCACGGUAUUUUCCCUAAUCAGUCGUGGGAACGCUUUCAGUUCGACAGUGCAGGUAAUCCAGCUACCGGACUGACCUAUUUCUGGAUCACUGAUUCAUGUCCAUCGACAGUAAAUGCAGUGAUGAAAAGACAACCGUUUGAGGUUCUUAGCCUGGCUAGUUCGAUAGCAGCAGCCCUUCAGAUCUGACCCUAAUGUUUAAUAGCU